GUUUUUUAUAGAACUUAUUAGGCAAAUGUGAUCCAAGGAGGAAACUGAGGACUUUAGUGAGGAAGAUUAUGAGAAAGAGAUAAGGGAUGAGGAAGAUUAUAUUCAAGAAACAAAUUUAGAAGUGAUGUUUUCUAGGUUUACAAAAUUGAAAUGACCUUCAAUGUCAAAGUUCAAUUGGAGAAUAGCCAAUAGUUCUCUAAAUAUUUCAAAUAAAUUCUACAACCAGAUUCAGCUAACUGGUCUUAAAGAGAUUCAGAAUUUGGAAUUCAACAUCAGAAAAAGAAAACAUUUAUUGCGAAAGUUUAUGAAGGUUCCAUUUAUCAAUAAAAUUAAUAAACUUUCUGUGAGAUUAUUUCACAGUAAGAAAGAUAGCUAUUAUCUUGGAUGAGUAAUCAAAUGCAUUCCUAGAAUCACAAGAGCUCUUCAUCUUCAAAAUUGUAUGAUUAGCAGGAACAAAUUCAGGAAGAUUCUACAAAUUGGAAGACAUAUGGAGCACAUAGAGUUUGAAUCAUGAUGAUUAGAUUUUAAAGAAAUCAAUUUGACAGAUAAUUUGUGAUAUUCUAUCCAAUCUAUAGCAUUCUUAUGGAAAUAGCUUUAGUCCUGGCCUACAUAAUCACGAAAUUGAGGAGACUUUGAAGUGAAUAGUGAAAGCUGCUUCACAAACCAGUUUAAAAUCAUCACUGAGUUUAAUUAAAAUCAAUAUUAGGCCAUAUCGAAUAAACAUUAUCGAUUAUUUAUAUGACCUAGACUUCACCAAACUAACAGUGAGUGAAUAAUCUCAGAAAUGUAUUAAACCUCUGCUUUCAAUAUUUU